CUUUCUUCACUUCAGUCGCUGGACUUCCUGUGAAAGGUAAACAAAUGGAAGGCCAAACACCGACCUGUCAAAUGUAUCACAAUGUAACCCGCAAGCGGGUAUUUAAAGCACCGAAAUGCCUGGACAGAAAAGAAAAUACAAUGUUCGCUUUCCACCCGUAAGUAACAGCAGAGAUUGUUUGCUUAUUCGGAAGUUAUUUAUGUAUAUGUGUGUGUGUGUGUGUGUUGACACUGAGCCAGGCUGGUGCGCUCCCAUGCAGGGUCGCAUUAAGAAGAUCAUGCAGAAGGACACGGAGGUGGGCAGAAUGGCCACUGCUGUUCCGGUUAUCAUAUCUAAAGCACUCGAAAUGUUCUUGAUCUCGUUGCUCACCAAAACCAGCCUAAUCACUCAGUCCAAGAACAGCAGAGUGAUGUCCAUCAACCACAUGAAACAAUGCAUCGAGUCUGAGAAGCUCUUCGACUUCCUAAAGGAGCUUGUGGAACAUUCGUCUGGCUCGUCUACAGCUAAGGAGAGCAAAGCCAAGGGGAAGUGUUUGGGGCACAGAAAGAAGUGGCAUAACAUGUCCAUCAUCACCAAUUCCACAGAGAUUGAGGAGCUGCCCAAGAGGCAUAACACUGAGCCUUCAGACUCUUCUAGUGUAGGAAAUAUUUUGCAAUUCCUUUUCCAAAACUAUUUGUCAAGUAUUGAGCUUUGUGCAACACAGUUACAACAACCCGUCUCUGCCACUGAGUCUGAGCUUGUCAUCUGCUUGGAGACACAAUCACCUUGAUAACAGCUGCUAAAAUACUUGCUCUGUAGCUCACUUCAGUGGAAACUGCAGCAAUAUUUAUGAAGAUCCAACAAGUUUUUCUUUUAUUAUUUCCCUAAAAAAAAUUUUAAUUUGAAUUUUUUUGUUUGCAAAAGCAGAAUUAAAAUUUAAAGAUAGAAAACAUGAAAGCUUAAAAUUUAAUAAAACAAAAGUCUAUAUAUUUGUGGAAAAUGUUAAUGCAAAUAUUCUUGAGUAAGUUUUAAAUCCUUAUAAGGAAAAUUACUUUGUGUUAAUUCUAUAAGAAGGAGAUAUAUCUAUUUUUUUUUCUAUAAGCACUACUGCUACUUUUUCUGUUCCUCUGUUGGAUUCAUAACUGUUGAACCUGUGAUUCCUAAAGUGCUAAUGAACUAUCAAUUCUAUCGACAUACAACACUGUUCCUUAACCAGUUUUCACUUACUAUUGAUGUUAUGUGAAAGGCUUUGUUAGAAUGCACAUAAGUAGAGGUAUUUUAUAGCUACAACAAUAAUGUUUUAAGGUUUUCACUAAAGAUAUUCUGUGGAUGUUACAUCAUUUUUGAAAGCCAUUUUGCUGUUUGUACUUAAUAUUUAACAAACAUGCGUAUACAUGCAGGCAGAGGAAGAACAGCAUUGAGUAUUGGAUGGUGAUAAAAUGUGUUUUUAUGUUAAAAAGUGAAUGAAACAGUUUAAAAUUGUGAUGCUAAGGUAAAAUAAAUAAAAAUCAGAUUUCUAUAAACUGCACAUUUCCUUAUUUAAAACAAGACUUUUUCAAUCAAUUGACAAUU